GAAAAUAAAGCUAAAUAGUGGGCUCAUCACGAAGUUGUUUAAACGAGAUCAGAUUGCUUUCUUCGAAGACGUCAGCAUUCAGGCUUUCUAUGGUGACUUGAGUAGUGGCAGAAUGUUCCAAAGACAAAUCUGCUCAUAUUCAGAAUUAAGACCGUUCAGCGCGAGCCGAAUACAACAUGGUCGCAUCAGAGGACGCAAUAGGGGAAAAAUGGGAUCGCUGCAUUACAGAUACCAUUGUCAAAAUGGGCGCCGGCCUCGGUCUGGGUGCAGUAGCUUCUUUUAUUCUGUUUAGACGUCGAGCGUGGCCCGCGAUCUUCGGCACCGGAGCGGGUUUUGGUAUGGGCUACAACAACUGCCACCAUGACUUCAAGGCGCCCGUAGUUCUACGAGCCUUCCAGAUCAAAGAGAAGGCCGAAAAAAAGUAGAGCGUAAAAUAUUAGCGAAACAUUUUUAUAAAGAUUCGAAAUGAUUAGAAAUAAAAGUUCCGUGUUGAGAAAACUUA